AAGGGGCGCCAUCAUGCCCGGACAACUGCAAGAAGGCUUCGGCUGCGUCGUAACGAAUCGGUUUGACCAGCUAUUGGACGAUGAAUCAGAUCCGUUCGAGGUGUUAAAGGCUGCGGAGAAUAAGAAGAAAGAGGCGGCCGCAGCUGGUAUCACCAAGUCUGCAGCCCAAGCCGCCAAGCAGCCCAAGAAAGAGUCACAGAAGGACAGGAAGAAUCCGCUCCUUGACAAGAAAGAUGAAACUCAGGCUCCAGUACCUCCGAAGAAAGAAGGUAAGGUUCACUCUCACAAAUUGGUAAUGCGUUUUUUUUUUUUUUCAAAACCUGCAAAAACCUAGCCUGCUUGGUAAUAACAGCAUGAUGAGGGUCAACAUGGUUCCUGUCCUGUUGUGAUGAAUUUAGACGGCAACAGAACCCACUGCAAACAUACACAUAUCCAAUGCAUGAUUAUUGGACAGGUUCAUCAUGCAUUGGAUAUGCACUGUAUGUCAUCUACCUGUGCACUCAGGCUAACCUGUCGCAGAAAUUAAUUCCACCUGCAGGAUGUGGAUAGUUUGUAAAUGAUGCUCCAGUGGUAGUUGCGCAGUAUAAUGUGUUUGUCAUGAAACAGCUCGAGCUUGGUGGGCAUAUAUUAAUUAGAUAAGUAGUUAUCAACUUAUUUCUUAACUGAGUAAAAAGGUAGCUGGCUCGUCUAAGGAUUCGCAGGGCAUGCUUGCUACGCAGUUAACUAACAUUAUCUAUUCUUCAAAACAACACUGAUGCGACUAAAUUGUAAAAAAUCUCGAGCUUAACUUCAAGGCCCGUGCGUUAUCCUGCAAGUGCAUAAUUAGGUACCUAGCCAACUAAUGUCCCAUGCUGGUUGUUGUUCCAGCAUUUUGGUAGAAACUGGACAACACAAAUAAAGCAGUGCAAGUUUGCCAUCCUAUCUAUCUAUCUAGUUAUUGCAUAGUUAGCACUGUUGUUUUCAUGUAGCCUAUUCAAACGGUUUAUGCAGUAAAGCGUUAUGACUGUCAUUGACAGAGCGUGCAGGCGUUUGUCAUCUUUGCAGAAGCUUUUCCAUAUAAAUCAUUUUAGCUACUUUUGCUAGCUAGCUAGCUUGCUGAAUUAGUAGCUACUAGGAUUUCGUCGACAUGCAUGCCCAGUAUUUUUGUAAACAAGUGAUCUGGCAAGAUGUCCUCAACUACACAAGUAUAAAUACCAUGUCUUAAUGCGUUGAAAGAAGGCGUGUCUGCCUUGAGUCAAGAGUGCAUGCUGUCAAGGUAAUAAACAUUAACAAGGCAUAGCUAACACUCCACACCAAUGAGAUGGCUAACCAGCUACUUCUGGCAUAACACAUUUGCUGACAACUGACCCAUAUUUCAUGUUAAAUGCUUAGUUGAAGUUCCUCAUGCAAUUCGUCUUUAGUCUAGACACCGGUGCAUUAUAACACUCUUGGUGUUUAUUAUACUUUUUGGUUACAACAUGAUGAUUUGGCUCCAACACCUUUUAUCAGGCCAAAACAUGUUUUAAUCAAAGGGUAUUAUUGAUUGAAAGAGUGGUGUAUGUUCAUGGGAUUUUUUGCUGCACAGCCCUUUACAUUUGUCUCUGUAGUCAUCUCUGGCCAGUGCUGAGUGAGUGUCCACCUCUAAAGCCUCCAUGUGUUGUUGUGGUGGCAGUUAUCAGGCGAGUGGGCCGGAGGCCGGACCAGCAGGGCCAGCCUGGCACCCAGGGCGGGCAGGGGGAAGGGCGGCCCACCGGCGACAGGAGGCCGGACAACAGGAGACCCCCACGCGAGCGUCGCUUCGACAAACCCCUCGAGGACAAACCCGAUGGCGGAGAGAGAGGAGAGUUCUCUGCAGACAAGUGAGUAGUUGCUGUAGGAAAUAACAAUAGUCAGCAAUUUUAAAAAUGUGUUCAUGUAAAGCAAAAAAAAAGGAGUCCAAAUUUUAAUCACACCUAUCCUUGCAUGUUUUUUUAAAACUUUCAAUAAAGUAGGAGUCAUAGUCCUGAGCUGCUCAUAUCUGCCCUCCUUGAUACGGAGUCUGUGUGUGUCCCUCCUCAGGCCUCUAGGAGACCGGCCCCCCAGAGGGCGUGGUGGCACCCGUGGUGGGCGUGGGGGACGGGGACGGGGCAUGGGCCGGGGCGACGGCUUCGACUCCCGCGGCAAACGGGACUUCGACAGACACAUUGGCGGCGACAAACCGUGAGUCAUUUCUGCUCCAAGUCCUCAAAAUGUUUUUUGGGGGAAGGGAUUUGAGCUUCAGAUGCUCUGUGACUAGUGAUGGUGGCGCAUUUUGGUUUCAUGUUUGUCUCAACAGUCAGAAAUCUGAGGAGAAGCGCGGCGGGAGUGGCACACACAACCGGGGGAACCCCAAGGACGAAACGAGGUGGGUGUUCAAAAAAUCAUAACCUAUUCCCUUAAAUGGAGAGAGAGAUCAGACUCAUUACAUGUAUGCAAGGUCAUACACAGAGGAUGUCCUGGCUUUGUUGAUAUUGACUGGUUUCUGCUUUUGCCCCUGAGGGGAUAAAUAAAUUGAAUUUCUGUUCCCAGUGGUGAUGCUGAACAGACUACUGCCCCUGAGGAAACCCCUGAGGGUGAGGAACACCCUCCUGCUGACUCUGAGAAUAAGUGAGUACCCUCCUGGACUUGUCCAGUUAACCUCCCCACACACCUCAGUGCAAAACACCCCAGGACUGCUGCUCUUACUGAAACGGGACGACCAACUCCACAACCAACUUUCAUUUAAUCUUUAUUUAUACAGGUUAAAUCAAAUGUUUGCAGUGGAGACCUAUUCUUGGAGUUAACAUCACUGUACCGGUUCACUAUGGUGCUCCAUUCAUACUGCUUCAUGCUGCUUCAUUCUGUCUGAUCUCAACGUUCAAUUCAUCACAUGGUCCACAACGCAAGCAGCACUACAGUCAAUCUAGAAGAAAUCUAAAACAACAAACCCAAUUUGGAAGCUAACAGAGAAUGGCUGGUAAUAGCUUGCAGUAACAGAUGUGUCUCUGUCUCUUCCAGGGAGAACGAAGUAGAGGAACCUAAGGAGGAGGGCCCCAAGGAGAUGACCCUGGACGAAUGGAAGGCCAUGCAGGACAAGGAGCGUGCCAAGGUGGAGUUCAACAUCCGCAAGCCCAAUGAGGGCGCCGACAGCAAGUGGAACAAGGGCUACGUGCUGCACAAGUCCAAGAGCGAAGAUGUCAGCGACGAAAAGCCUAAAGAUGUAAGUGACACGAACUGAGCCAAAUGUUUUAAAAUUGUUGCUGCUCUAUUGCUGUGCAGUGCGCUGUCAUGUAUAUUUUGAUGUUUUGCCAUUUUAUUAUUUUCUUUAACCUGUAUUAGAGCAACGUAUGUGUUGUCUAGAUUGAGGAUGUGACUGAAUCGAUUAAAUCAUUUGUUUUCGUUUUAAAAUCUAUUUGAAGUCAACAUUUACAGAUAUACUCUACACAAGAAAUAUUGGUGAAUGUUCAGGAAGUGUAGGAUUUGCUGUACUGUCGCUUUUCAAGUUUGGAAAGAAGUUCCAAUUAGAAAAGUUUGAUUCCUAUCCACUGAUCAAUGCUAAAGAAGUAUGCACAUCUUUUUAAGGUAUUGAUUAAUUGUUGGUCUGUAUUUGCUAACAAAAGGGCUGAUUAUAAACCAGAUCGUAAUGCAUACCUGCUAAAAACCCUCCCCAUGAGGCUAUGUCAUUACAAAAGUGCUUGGUCUUAUUGUUGGUCCUUUCUCUUGGAUGUUGCAGAGACCAGCUGUGAUUGAUACUCCAGAGAUUGAAGCAGACAUGACCCCCCUGUUCAAGGUACCCGUUUCAUAUAUUCAACCAUAUACAAUUCUGAUAAAACAAGCCUUUAUCUACACAUUGGCAUAGUAGUUAAAUUAUGUCAAACAGUAGUUAGCAUUUUGGCUAUUUGAGUUGUCAUGGUUGCAUAAGUGGACUCUUGUCUAAAUGUACAACUGUAGCUCUGACUAAAUGUAAACAGAGUCAAAUCUCCUCCAUCAGGGAAACCCUGAUGAAAUCGGGCCGGACCACCACUUCCGCAAGCCCGCCAACGACAUCACGGCCCAGCUGGAGAUCAACUUUGGAGACCUGUGCCGCCCUGGGCGUGGGCGCGGGGGAGCCCGUGGAGGAAGGGGAGGCCGCGGUGGAGGAGGAGGCCGAUCCGACCGUCCGGCUCGGGCCGGGGGAGUUCGACCCGAAAAGGUAACACUGUUGUAACUGACCACAAAUAGUUGUAAAUAAUGAUCACAAACGGCUAUGGUUACUAGGGCCCUAUAAAAUCUGUUUUCUUUUUUGCCUGAUUCAGUUUUUAUUUUUUCCCAAGUUCUGUUUUCCAGGUUUCUGUUUUUCCCAGUUUUUCAGUUUUCCGCUCUCAAAAUCACACGUAUGUUUUUAUUUUAAUGUAAUGUUUUAUUGGAUGUUCUGUCCACAACAAUGCUUAAACCACAUCAAGAGACCACCCUUUGAGGUCUGGGAAAAAUAUAAUAAAUGUAGGUUUUUGGGUGUAGUUAAACUUAAUGCAUGUGAGCACCAGCAAGAGACCGUUGUUUGGUUAGCGAUCUUUCUGUAGUGCUCCUGUGAUUUCAGAGUUUGCAAAACAAAUGGCCACUAGAUUGAUGCAAAUAAUCAUAUCAUUCUGCCAAGUAGGCAUAGGGUACUUUGUAGUUAACAUUUAAUUGAGACGGUUUUUGGGAAAGCCUUUCCAUCUCUUCCAGAAGGUUAUCAUAAGCAUCAUCGCUAACGGCUACACAAAGUGUAGACAUACGUGCACAACGCACACACAGACAGGAGCAUUCCUGUGCUGUUUCAAAGUUGCAGGAAAAUACGAAUCACUAACGCAUUUUGUUCAUGUCUUAUGAUUAACUUGGGCAAAUGUAAUGCAUUUCUGAAUAAGUUGAAUACAUUUAGUUGAUUUCCUACUAAAUUCAUUACAUUUCUGAAUAUCGUUUUCCGUUUUCAUGUCUGGAUUCCGUCCACGUUCUCCGCAACGCGGCUUUUAUAGGGCCCUAGGUUACUGACCACAGAAAGCUGUUUUUCACUGACCACAAAGUCAAAUGAUGUGCUGAAGUUGACUGUAAUUAUUGUUUUGAGCUGUCUCCCAACUGCAAAAAAAUGUCUCCCUACUGAACAUGACCCAGUAUUCUCUGAGCUCUUAUAAAUUCAUUAUUUUUCUCUCUGUCUUGGUCCCCAGCCGGGUGGAUUGUCUGUUCCCAACGUUGACGACCCAGAGGCCUUCCCGGCCCUGGCCUAA